GGGGUGAAGAAGAGGAGGAGGAGGCGGUGAGGAAGAGGAGGAGGACAAACAAUGCCGAAUUUCUGCGCGGCCCCGAACUGCAGCAGGAAAAGCACAAAGUGCCCGGACGUACCUUUCUUCAGGUUCCCCAGAGACCCCGUCAGGUGCAGGAAAUGGGUGGAGAAUUGUCGGAGACCAGAUUUAGAGGAUAAGUCUUCUGAACAGCUUCACAAACAGUACCGGCUGUGUGCGCGGCAUUUUGAAACAUCCCUGAUCUGCACAAAUAGGCCAUACAGAAUGAUCCUAAAGGAUGAUGCGGUGCCCACCUUAUUUGACUUCACCAGUCAUCUGAAGAAAACAGUAAGAAGCUAUGUAAAGCACAAGAGAAUCAGGGAGCUGAGUGAAGAAGAUUUGCAGAGGAUAAAGGCCCCAAGAAAUGAUGCUGAUGUGUUAAGGGGCCUGCAGUGCAUACAGGACGCCAACCAAGCCAACGGGGACAAAGGCGGCCAUGAGAGCCCGGCAGAGAAGUGGGAGGAGUUGCUCCCUCAGGACACGUCUUUGAAUCUAACCGAAGAGAAAGGGAACAAAGAGUUUCUCAAAGUCUUGUUCGAAACAGUGCUGCUGCUGGGCAGGCAAAACGUGCCUCUGGGGGGGUGCAGCAGUGAGGACACAGCCAGCCCCUGCUGCGCCCCCAAUAACAUCCGCGCCUUGCUGGAGUUCAGGAUGAAUGCUGGUGACGAGAUCCUCAGGAAGCGGUUUGAAACCAUGGCCGAGUACACGGAGUAUUGCCCCAAAAACCUGCAAAGAGACCUGUUGGCCAUCUGUGAGAUGUGCAUCCGGAAGGAGGUGCUACGGGAGAUGAGGGAAAACUUCUUCUCCAUCGUGACGGACGAGGUGGUGGACAUCUCGGGCCUGGACCACGUGUCUCUCCACGUGCGCUUUGUGGACAACAUGGACUGCCUGAGGGAAGAGUUCCUGGGGUUUGUACAGUGUGAGCUUGAGGGGGAAGCCCUGGCUGACCGGCUGCAGGAGACCCUGACGGAGAAAUGGGGGCUGAACAUGGACAACUGCAGGGGCCAAGCGUACAAUGGUUCGGGCUCCAUGUUUUACAAGAAGCACGCGCUGGCCAGCAAGAUCUUGCAGCAGUAUCCCAAGGCACUGUGUACGUCCUGCUCUUCCUACCCCCUGAACAUCUGGAUCGCCAAGUCCACCCCCAUAUUCAGUGUCACCAUGGUGCUGAGCCUGAUGGACAGUGUCCAGGCCUUCUUUAGCCUCUCCUCCCAGCUUCAGACAGCCCUGGAGGCCAGCAUUGAUGUGGCCUUCCAGACCACAGCCGAGAGAGCCAAGGAGCUGAAGAGUGUGUGUCAGGGCAGCUGGACAGAGAGACACGACACCUUCGAGAUCCUGACUGAUCUGUAUGACGUGCUGGUGACCUGCCUGGACGGCGUGAGUUACAACAUCUGUGGCAAGUGGAGUGCUUACAUGGUGACACAGGCCAGCAUGCUGUCCUCCACCAUGAGGGACUUCGAGAUGGUCAUGUGUCUGGUGGUGAUGAAGAACGUGCUGGGCUACACCAGGGCCUUUGGUAAGAACCUGCAGGGCCAUGCCGCAGACACCUACUUUGCCUCGGGCACCCUGACAGCUGUGCUGCACUCACUGAACGAGAUGAGGGAGAAUCUGGAUGUUUACCACGAGUUCUGGCUGGAGGAAGCCACACACCUGGCCCACAAGAUGGCCAUCGAGAUGAAGGCCCCCAGACGCUGCCUUGGGCAGGCUACCGAGGGGUCGUCCGAGGAGUCGCCCGAUCACUAUUACAGGGAGGCCCUGACCACUCCCUGCUUGGACUACGUGAUUGCGGAGGUCAAGGGCAUGUUCUGUGAGGAGCAGCUGAAAGCCCUCAAGUGUCUGUCACUGGUGCCCUCUGUCAUGGCCCAACUCAAUUACAACACCACAGUGGAAAUCACAGCCAAUCUUUACAAGGAUGACCUCCCCAACCCAGACACACUCUCUGCCGAGCUUCACUGUUGGAGGAUCAAGUGGAAGCACAGGAGCCGGGAUGUGGAGCUGCCAAAUACGGUAUUUGACACUCUGCAGCAUCCGGACAUCAAGUUCUUCCCCAAUGUUUACACGCUGCUGAAGAUCGUGUGUAACCUGCCCAUCAUCAAGGUGGGCAGUGAGAGGAGCGAGGUGGGGCGCAGACGGCUGAAGGCCUACCUCAAGGCCACACCCGUGGAGGAGAGAGCCAGCAGCCUGGCCCUCAUGCACAUCAACUAUGAUGCCAAGCACGACUUUGACAUGAUGGUGGACACCUUCGCCAAGCUGUACCCGGAGAAGAUGCAAUUGCCUAAUGUGCUGGACUUCCUGGAGGCCUGCGAUCAGGACAGCGGGGAGAUGGAGGUGGCCAUGGGCGAUAGGGCAUGGAGGUAGAGGGCGGAGACCAGCUGGAGGCCAGUCAGAAGCCAAGAGUGUCACCAGUACGGAGCUGCCCAGGGGGUGGAGAGCAUGGAGGGAGCAACUGGUCAACAGUGGAGAGUGAGGUGGAGGUGAGCCCACGUCCCGCAGGAGGCGCUGUGGGUUCUCCCACUCCAACUGCAAUGUGUGUGGUGGAGGCGUCUGGUGAACAGGCGGAGAGCGAGGUGGAGAGUGGCGAGGGGAGCGGCCUGGCUGUGUCUGAGCACUUGGGGAGCCAGGCGGAGGCACACAGCGUGGGCGUGUCCAGGGAUGGGGGGCUACAGCACCACCUAGUGGGACAGAUGGUGGAAACUGCUACCCUGGACACCUGUGUGCUGGAGGGCACUGUUACUCCCGACACCUGUGUGGAGUUGUUACUGUUAACUCAGACACUUGUGUGACGGGUGACACAGUUACCCCAGACACAUACACGGCAGGGGAUACUGUUAACCCAGACACUUAUGUGGAGGGGGGGGGCACAGUUACCCCGGACACUUGUGUGGAGAGUGGCACAGUUACCCCGGACGCUUGUGUGGAGGGUGGCACAGUUACCCCGGACAUCUGCCUGGCAGGGGAUACUAUUAAUCCAGACACUUGUGUGAGGGACAGAGAUACCCUGGACACCUAUUCCACUGAAGGCACUGUUACACUGGACCCUCAAGCAAUAGAAGACUGCGUUAAUCAGGAGACCCGUGUGACAGGGGACGCUGUUCAGCCGGACGCCUAUCACUCUGAGGAAGCUAUAGAGUGCGAGCAAAAGCCGGAGAACCUCCCUAUAGAGGCAGACAUCGAGGGCAUGAGCUCCCAGGGUGUGGACAAACACACCACAGACACUUUGGGGGGUAACAGUCCGGCUGUGAACAGUACAGACGUGAACAAUUCAGAAACGCCCGUUCCUGGUGUAAGUAAUGUAAAUAGUUCAGAAGUUGCAGUAAAGUAAAGCAUUUUGUUGUCAUACUUUCAGCUGUUGUUCAUAAUAUCAUGCUCAUUGUUUUAAUCUUGUGGCCAACUCUUAAGGAGUCCUGUUCGUUCUUUCCCAAGAUGGUUAAUUCAGAGGGUAAGGAGAUUAAAAUGUUAUGGUGGUUCCCUUUUUAUAACCCA